CACACACCACAACAUUCUGCCACGUGGCAGAUAUCUAAUCCAUAGAACACACUAUUUCCACAUGCCCCUUCCCUCAUCCUCACUUCAUAUCUCACCACCUCUCCUUCCUCAUUCCUCUCCAACUACCACCACCACCAUGGCAGCCGCAACCACCACCCUCACCGGCACCAUGGCCAGCACCUCCUUCCUCCGCCCCCAACCCACCACCUCCAUGAAACCAUCCGUCAUGUUCGGCCUCAAGUCCUCUAACCGCGGUGGAGUGACCAUGAUGGCCACCUACAAGGUCACCCUGAUCACACCCGAAGGAAAGACUGAGUUCGACUGCGCUGAUGAUACCUACAUUCUUGACCAUUGUGAAGAUGCUGGUAUUGAUUUACCAUACUCAUGCAGGGCCGGUUCUUGCUCCUCAUGCACAGGAAAAGUUAUCUCCGGCACCGUUGACCAGUCUGACCAGAGUUUUCUUGAUGAUGACCAGAUUGAAGCUGGGUGGGUGCUCACUUGUGUGGCUUAUCCAACUAGUGAUGUUGUUAUCGAGACCCACAAGGAGGAGGAGAUGACUGGUUAACUUUUUUUUUUUAUAGAUUUGUAUUGAAGAUGAAUUGAAUGAAUGCCUUUACAUUAAGUCAGUUUUCAUCGAAAUGUUAAAUUUUGUUAUGUUUUAAUAUAUUAUUAUGUUUUCAUU